AAACGAAGAUCAGUUGAGUGCAGACGAUCGAUGUGAAAAGAAGCAAAGUCAGAAGCUAACGGACUGUCUUCAUACAUAGAGCAUUUACAACGGAACUAUUUUUAGCAAAGAAUAAACACUUCCAUAUUCAUUUGACAUUUGUCUGCUCAGACUGUUCCCAGCUGACGUUUGCCUAAUUGACUGUUCCCAGCAGACGUUUGAAGCUAACGACGUUUAUCUUAUCCCAAGUUGCUGCACCAACAUGUCGACGACAUUCACCAUCAAUGGCCAGCCCUACACAGUCAAUCUGAGCACUCUGCCAUCGGACAUCACGCUUAACACGUUCAUUCGGGAGCAUGCGCAGCUGACGGCCACAAAGUUCAUGUGCAAGGAGGGCGGCUGCGGUGUUUGUGUGUGCGUGUUGCGCGACGGGAAGCGCACCUGGGCCGUCAACUCGUGCCUGACACUGUUGAAUAGCUGCACCCAGCUGGAGAUCAUCACGGCUGAGGGAUUGGGCAACAAGAGCAGCGGCUAUCAUCCCAUACAGAAGCGUCUGGCCAAGCUCAAUGGUACCCAGUGUGGCUUCUGUUCGCCGGCAUUCGUUAUGAACAUGUACGGACUGCUUGAGUCCAAUGGUGGUCAGGUAAGCAUGGCCGAGGUGGAGAACUCCUUUGGAGGCAACAUUUGCCGCUGCACCGGCUAUCGACCUAUAUUGGAUGCCAUGAAGUCCUUUGCCGUGGACAGCAACAUUGCGUUGCCAUCGGAUUGUGUUGACAUCGAAGACUCCUUCGAAUUGUUGUGUCCACGCUCUGGUGCUCAAUGUUCCGGUAAAUGCGCUAGGAAAACGAUUCCCUGUGACGAUAAUGGCCAUUGGUAUUGGCCCAAGACAAUGGAAGAGCUCUUUGAAGCCAUCGACAAGGAUCCCAGUGGAGACGAGUUUAUGAUCGUUGGAGGCAACACGGCACAUGGUAUCUACAGGCGUUCCAUGGACAUUAAGCACUUUAUCGAUGUUCGUGGCAUCGAGGAGUUGCAGCAACAUAGCAUCGAUGCGACUCAACUGAAGCUUGGCGCCAAUCUGAGUCUCACCCAAGCAAUGGACAUCUUCAAAAAACAGCUGCGGCAAACGGGAUUUGAGUAUCUACAGGAGCUGUGGCAACACUUUGAUCUGAUUGCUAAUGUACCAGUGCGCAAUACUGGUACACUGGCUGGAAAUAUUAACAUCAAGAAGCAGCAUCCUGAGUUCCCAUCGGAUAUCUUCAUAUGCUUUGAAGCGCUCGAUGUGCGUGUCUUGGUGGCCAAGAAUGCCAAAGAGGAACAGGAAGUAUCCCUGGCGGAUUACCUCAAGUGCGGAAACAAGAAAGUUGUUCUCAAAACCUUUCUGCUGCCGUCAUAUCCGAAAGAUAAAUUCAUCUACGAUUCCUACAAAAUCAUGCCGCGUGCUCAAAAUGCUCAUGCCUAUGUGAAUUCCGCCUUUCUUCUUGAGCUGGAUAAUCCCACGAAAGUGAAGAAUGCACGCAUCUGCUUUGGUGGCAUUCGACCGGACUUUGUGCACGCCAAGCCAAUUGAAGAGCUGCUUGCUGGACGCAAUCCCUUUGAUGACACCCUGCUGGAGCAGAUAUUUACCAAGCUCUCGACCCUGCUUCAACCGGAUGAAGUGCUGCCUGAUGCUUCACCCGCCUAUCGCUUGAGCCUGGCCUGUGGCUUACUGUACAAGUUUCUCUUGAAAUACGCGCCCCAAGCGGAGGUUAGUGAUGCAUUCAGAAGCGGGGGUCAAUUGCUACAGCGACCGCUGUCCUCGGGAUCACAGGUGUAUCAAACCCAGAAGAAGAACUAUCCCGUCACCCAGGCAGUGAAUAAAGUAGAGGGCAUGAUUCAAUGCUCGGGAGAAGCGACUUAUAUGAACGAUGUGCUGACCACAGCGAAUACGCUGCACUGCGUCUUUGUGGGUGCCACCAAAGUAGGCGCCAACAUCGAGCAGAUCGAUGCUAGCGACGCCCUACGUCAGCCUGGAGUGAUUGCUUUCUACAGUGCCAAGGAUGUACCAGGUGCGAACACUUUCAGUGAUCCGACUUUUGGGUUUGAGGCUGAGGAAAUCUUUUGCGCCACUCGAGUGCGACACUUCAAGCAACCCGUGGGAGUUGUGGUUGCCUUGAGUUCGGAUUGCGCAGGUCGUGCUGCACGUCUGGUGAAGGUUAGCUAUAGCCAGCCCGAUCCCAAGCUAACAAUUAGGCCCAGCUUAAGCGAUGUACUGGACACGUUGCCCCGCGAGGAUUCCCGCAUAUUGCGCAUUGUCAGCGAAACACCCGGCAAACUGGAGUACUCAGCUACACCCGAUAAAAGCGUUAGAGGCGUCUUCCAGAUGGGAUUGCAGUAUCACUUCACGCUGGAGCCGCAAACAACAGUUGCACUGCCCUUCGAGGAUGGGCUCAAGGUCUACUCGGCCACUCAGUGGAUGGAUCACACACAGUCGGUGAUCGCGCAUAUGCUUCAGCUGAAGGCCAAGGAUGUGCAGCUACAGGUGCGACGCUUGGGCGGCGCCUAUGGCUGCAAAAUAUCCAGGGGUAAUCAGGUGGCCUGUGCCGCCUCCCUCGCCGCAUACAAACUGAAUCGCCCGGUGCGUUUUGUACAGUCUAUCGAGUCCAUGAUGGAUGUUAAUGGCAAGCGUUGGGCCUGUCGCUCCGACUACGAGUUUCAUGUGCUGGCAAAUGGCAAGCUGGUAGGAUUGCAGAAUGAUUUCUACGAAGAUGCUGGCUGGAAUGGUAACGAGAGUCCCAUCGAUGGACACUCUACGGGCACGGCGUCCAACUGUUAUGACUUCUCCGACAGCAAUUUCAAGAUCAACGGUAAUGCUGUGCUCACGGACGCGCCCAGCUCGACGUGGUGUCGCGCACCUGGAUCCGUUGAGGGAAUCGCCAUGAUGGAGAACAUUAUCGAGCAUGUGGCUUUUGAAGUGCAACGCGAUCCGGCGGAGGUGCGAUUGCUUAACAUGGCCAAGGGUAACAAACUGGCCGAGCUGCUGCCACAAUUUUUGCAAUCAAGGGAAUACGAAGCACGUCGCAAGGAGAUCGAAGCGCACAAUGCCGCCAAUCGAUGGAUGAAACGUGGUCUUGGUCUUGCCGUCAUGGACUAUCCGGUUUUCUUCUUUGGGCAGUAUCCGGCAACGGUGGCCAUUUAUCAUGUAGAUGGCACCGUAGUUGUUACCCAUGGUGGCAUUGAAAUGGGUCAAGGUAUGAACACAAAGAUUGCUCAGGUUGCCGCCUACACAUUGGGCAUCGAUCUAAGCUACAUCAAAGUGGAGGCCUCUGACACUAUUAAUGGAGCCAAUUCAAUGGUUACUGGCGGCGCUGUUGGUAGCGAGAGUCUUUGCUUCGCGGUGCGUAAAGCUUGCGGUGUGCUAAACACACGACUACAGCCCGUAAAGAAGGAGAAAGCGAGCUGGCAGGAAACGGUACAAGCUGCUUACACCGCCUCGAUCAAUUUGAUAGCCUCAGAUCAUUAUAAGGAGGGUGACAUGCAGAACUAUCAUGUCUAUGGCCUGGCACUGACCGAAAUCGAAUUGGAUGUGCUCACGGGAAACAAUCAAAUCAAGCGUGUAGAUCUUCUCGAGGAUGCGGGAGAGAGUCUAAGUCCCUACAUCGACAUUGGCCAAAUCGAGGGCGCCUUUGUCAUGUGCUUGGGCUACUGGCUGAGUGAACAAUUGGUUUACGAUCGGCAAACUGGACGAUUGCUCACGAAUCGCACCUGGAACUAUAAGCCACCGGGUGCCAAAGAUAUUCCCAUUGAUUUCCGCAUUGAAAUGGUACAGAACCCGCAGGCAAAUGGAGCUGGAUUCAUGCGUUCCAAGGCAACUGGAGAGCCGCCUUGUUGCCUGGCCGUCAGUGUAUUAUUUGCACUGCAACAGGCUCUGCAAUCGGCCAGAAAGGAUGCUGGUCUGCCUAGGGAAUGGGUUCGCUUGGGUGCGCCCACAACACCUGAAACAUUGGUGCUCAAUGCUGGUCACGAUGUCAAAUCGUUUAGACUUAAGUAAUACCAUAUUUUUGGUAUGCAUAUAUUGCAAAAUAGCACUCAACUGUAAAAUGAAGAACUGAGCAAGCAAAGGCUACCAAUUCAUUAAAAAAAAAUGGUUGCGGGUAAACUUAGAUUGAAUACUAUUCAUACAAAUAAAUAUUAUUGAAACUGUC